AUGUCCUCUUGCUCAAAGCCUUCAAUGAUUUCCACUUUCAUCAAUAAUGAUGAGUUAGCAGAAGUCCUAAUUGUUCUAAUUUUAUUUUAGAUUAUAGCAUUUGAUGAACUGAAGACCGAUUACAAGAAUCCUAUAGACCAGUGUAAUACCCUGAAUCCUACAGUUGAAAAGGUCAAAAAGAUUAAAAGAGUCAAAAUUGCGUUAAAGCUUGUACUUCCCGAGUACCUCAUCCAUGCUUUCUUCUGUGUCAUGUUUCUUUGUGCAGCAGAGUGGCUCACACUGGGUCUCAAUAUGCCGCUAUUGGCCUAUCAUAUUUGGAGGUAUAUGAGUAGACCAGUGAUGAGCGGACCAGGCCUCUAUGACCCUACGACCAUCAUGAAUGCAGAUAUUCUAGCAUAUUGUCAGAAGGAAGGAUGGUGCAAAUUAGCUUUUUAUCUUCUAGCAUUUUUUUACUACCUAUAUGGCAUGAUCUAUGUUUUGGUGAGCUCUUAGAACAACACACUGAAGAAUUGGUCCAGUUAAGUGCAUGCAAAACGCCACCAAAUGAAGGGAUUCUAUCCAGCAAGACCCUGUUUCCAAGAGUAGCCUAUGGAAUCUGAUCAGUUACUUUAAAAAAUGACUCCUUAUUUUUUAAAUGUUUCCACAUUUUUUGCUUGUGGAAAGACUGUUUUCAUAUGUUAUACUCAGAUAAAGAAUUUAAAUGGAAUUACGUAUAAAUUAAUAUAAAAUGAUUACCUCUGAUGUUGACAGUUUGAACUUGCACUCCUUAAAGGAACAGCCAUAAUCCCUUGAAUGAUUGCAUUAAUUAUUGACAGUCCUUAGCUCAUUGGAAGCUUUUGUUUAUAGGAACUUGUAGGGCUUUAUUUUGUUUUUUUGAAAUGCCAUCUGAUUAUAAAUUAGCUGUAGAUAUCAGGUGCUUCUGAUGAACUGAAAAUAUAUAUCUGACCUGUGGGAAACUCAUGGGUUUCCUCUUCUAUCAUGUAGAUGAUUAUAUAUGGAUACAUUUACAAAAAUAAGAGUGGGACUUUGUUCCCCUUUGACUUGAGUAUUAUCCCUGUAUAUUGCAUGAAUGAGAGAUUUCCCAUAUUUCCAUCAGAGUAAAAUACUUUAAUUCUUAAGCAUAAGUGAACAUGAUAUAAAAAAUAUAUGCUGAAUUACUUGUGAAGAAUGCAUUUAAAGCUAUUUUAAAUGUGUUUUAAUUUGUAAGACAUUACUUAUUAAGAUAUUGGCUAUUAUUCUGAUCUGGUGGUAAAGGUAUUAAGAAUUUGCAAGCCCUUUAGAUUUUCAAAACUGAGUGAGAGAGAACAUUGUAUAACCAUCCUGCUGUUCCUUUAGUGCAAUAUAAUAAAACUCUGAAAUUAA